CAGCCGCUCCCCCUUCACAAACUGGCACUGGCCAGUGAGGUGAAGUAUGGUUAAAGACAAAGAUCGCACGUGUAGCCUUAACAGAAGGCCUGCAUAGCACUCGAGGCGGUGAGUAGCCAACACCACACCCGGCCAACUUGGUCUCCCUUGUAGCAAUGUUUAUACAUCGCCUCAGCUACUUAUUUGAGGCUGAGUCGACCUAGGGGAGGGCCCAGAACUGGUUGGCCGUGAGACUGAAUCAGAAUUAGAAUAUUUACUUAUACUGGAGGAAUCCGAUGAGCUAUGAAGCUCUUUUUCACAGAUGUCCAGUAGGGCGCUGGUAAGAACGUUACAACAACAAACAUUACAAAACAGGAAAGGAGUGCAGAGUCAAGGAAAUGUAAACAAAUCACUUUAAAAAAAUAUCCAAAGUAAACUCAAAUAUCUUAAUCUUACCAGACAAAGCCCACUGAGGUAUUAACUUAUUUUCCAAAAGCCACCUUACCACAAAUGAUGGCUCAACAAAGUGGCCUAUCACGUGGACAUAUAAAACAUCGAGAUGAUCUAAAUAAUAUGAACGCAUAUUUAUAAAUGCGGAGGGUAGAAAGACACCGGAGGACCCGGAGGAAAAAAAAUCCAAGCGACCACGGGCAGAGAGACACGCAGACUCCAAAUAUACAGCGGGCAUCAGGGUGAACCCCCCCGACCUCCUGUAUACCAGGCGAGGAAGUUAACAUCUCGCCGCCGUGGUGCCCCGAUCGAACUCGUUUCGCCGGGGAUUCGUAGCGCGAUUAUUCGUAGCUAACAGUAGUUGAGCGCCCUCUAGUUUUUCAAACUUUAAAGAUACAUGUUUUUUUUUAAGUGUGGGCUAUUUUAUGGCAAGCCACAAAUCAAAGUGACGUUACCGACCUCUAAAGAACUCACAAACGCUUUCGUCAAUGACACUGCCCUCAAAAAAUAUGUGGAGUAUUCGACGUUUCGGGUAACGGCCCUUUUACACGCGUCGUUCUCCCCCCCCCACCUCGCUUGUGCAACACCGCCGACAGCGGGCGUGCUGUGCCGAGGCGGCUGUGUGUUGCGCGUUCGUGUGUGCGUCUCGCGUGACAUCACACCUGCGGUAGUUUUCCAGCCUGCGGAAGAAAAUUGUGAUUCCCCUUAACGGUGGAAAACUUCCCCAUCAGUUCACGAACAGAUGUCACUGCUGCUGGGCAGGGCGGGCUGUAUCGUCAAACCCUUUGUUCUCAAGCUACCAUUCGACGCAGACAAAGCAGGUGGGGUUUUUUUUAUGUAAAUUCGAGCUACAAUUUGGAAACCCCCCAAUCACCACCUAUCUCACCAAUCAUAUAAAGGGCUGCUGUUGCUGUGGAGAGCUCAACGCACGCACUUCAGUUACAGCCAUGCCUCUGGGGAAAGCGGACGUCGAAAACAUUUUGAAUGAAUAUGGACCUCAAUGCAAGAUACUGCAAACCGCGUGCGCCAUCUACCUAACGCAAACCGAUGACAAGACGGGCAAGCGCAUAUCGGGAAUAACGUGUAUCAUCGAGUCUUGGGAAUUGCUCUACCUCAUCAUAUGCGCGGACGGGAAGCUAGAAACCAUCUGCUACAUUGAAAAUCAGAUAUUCGUGGAAACGACUAACAGAACACUAGAAUUCGAAUCGUGGAAGGGACGGAAGAUGGUUUUGAUGUUCUCGGAUGAAGAGGAGCUGGACAAGCUAGCAGGGUCCCUUCCACCCCACUUAGUCAAACGCAAAGGGAAUACAACAUUGAAAACGUCCUUUAAAAGCAAAUUGAGGUGGUGGCCAGGGAGGAGCCUGGAUUUCCAGACGAAUACUCAACAAAAGAAAAAGCAAACCCCAGAAGGCUCGAAGAAUACGCACACAUAUGUAGUGUGUCAAAAUGAAGAUCCUGAAUACUUGGACGUUUGCGGCAGUAGCCGGGAUCAUGGAAAAGAAUCAAAAGCUCCCAAGCCUGGACCUCCUCCACCUCCACCUCCUCCCUUAUCCACACUCCCGCACGCGCAAAACGAAGACGCAGAACGGGACACGAAGUGUCAAGUGAGACUUCAGCAGUGCCCCAUUUGCCACUGGUGGUACCCCUUUCGUGACAUCAUUUGGCAUGCCAGUGCAUGCGGGGAGCACGAACUGAUUGAGCCAAUCUCGACCGCCGAACACACGUGACCCCGCACGUUCAUGUUAACGUGCGUUGUAUCCACGUGAACGCUGCGCGUUCAACAUUCAUCACUUCAUUGGCGGGAUUCAUCCAGGUCGAAGGCACGAAGCUCAACGCUACCCCCUGGUGGGAUACUGGGCUGGGUGUGGCCAGAACGAGGCGCAGAGGCCAACAAGAAGUCGAGACAAUUGUUGGAUGGCAGCCGGGGGGAUGGCAGCACUGCAUGAGAUUCCUCUCUAUGCGUCGCCCCCUCGUGCCCGCGUGGAUCUUCUACGGAUACUGAAAUUUCCUCCCACGUUCAAAAUGCUACUUUUAUGAUACUGUAUUUGCUAAAGUGCCGAAAUGGAGGGCUCUUAUUUUACAAGUAGCCUCGAGACCCGAGUGAGGCCUUUUCCGGGUAUAUAAAAACUGCAUUAUUUAGAUUUGUAUUGUUUUAUCUCCAUUGGCAGCACGGAGCCAGCGGCGAACAUUUCAGGUUCCUACGUUGGGGGCCAGUCUCUGCUGAGGACCGCCACUGAUUGAUGCUGCACAAAGUUGCACUUCUUUUAUCAAUCCCAGAGGGGGAUGGUUUGGCUCAGAACUCUUUUCCACCUUACAAAACUGAGCCGUGCCAGGAUCAUUGUCACAUUUUAUUAGGCAGCUAUUGGAGCUAUGUACACUUUUAAAUCUAGAUUGAAAACUAUUUGUUUUUUAAAUGCUUUGUGUUUAAUUUAUUCACCCACCCCCCGCGCACCUCCGAUGAGCACGGUUGGCUAAGUAUAGUGCGAAAGAAGUUCAGCAUACAUAUAAAUAUAGAAACUCCACAUUCAUCUUCUUGGUUCUUUCGGUAAAGUCACGUAGAAUGGAAUACGCUCCAAGCAUGGUGCUGUUUCAUUCAGACGCUGUCUCCCCGACAGACCUGGUCUUCACCUGAGGACGGCUACUUGCGUUGUGGUCGAAACGUCGUGAGAAUUAUUUUAUUAUGUUUUAUUGUAUUAUUUUAUUAUUUCCAUUCUACGUGACUUUACCGAAAGAACCAAGAAGAUGAAUCCCUGCAGUCACGAAAGCUUUAAAUCGAGCUCCACAUUCUUGUGACAGGGUUGAGUAUGUCCAUAGGACAACCAAAGGUUCUACUUUUGAUCAUCAUUAUCAUCAUCCAUGAUCCAUCCGCUGUUGGAUAAAUGCCGUCUCCAGCUACUGCCAAUUGAAACUCAUGGCGGUUCCCAUAAGCCCCCGGCUCUCGCAUAAACUGCGUUGCGACGUCAUUUUACGUCUGUUGAAGGCGAACGAUAUGGCAUUCUAUUCCUCUCGAAGAGCUCUACACGAUGCACUAAUCAAAGUUUUGUUUCUUCUGCGCAUUCCUCCUCGCUACGCAUGGACGACAUGACAACAGAAUGAUCCGCGCCAAGUGGGUGGCGGCGUUUAUGUUCGCGGUGGGACGUAUUAAUUAAUUACGAUUUUGACUUCCGUUUAUUCAGGACCCCGGGGCCCCGCCAUAAGGUUAAAUUGUCGUCAUCCAAUUGUUUUCCUGUUCUCCUCGUUCAAGUCAUUCCACCACCCGUGAGAAUGUAUGCAGUGCGUUAUUCUGAUUUCGCAUUUUUUUUAGGUUUAAGGAGAAUUUUGGAUCCUUUCUUGAAUCCUCUAAUCAUGUACAUUCUUGAAUUUGUUACCAUCUGACAAAUCUACGUUUUGUAUAAAUGCUAUAUUUAUAUUGUAUACUAUGUAUAUAAUGCGUUGUAAAUAAAUAAUACGAAUAA